ACAACAAAUCCAUGUCCGAGAAUCCUAUCUAUCUCAUUUCUCUCAUCCCAAAAUCCAAGCAAGCAAAUGGCGGCGGAAACUCAACCCGACAGGCUGAGCGCCCUCCCGAACGACAUCCUACGAACAAUCCUCAUCGCCGCCGACCUCGACCAUCGAACCGCCGCCCAGACCUCCCUCCUCUCCCGCCGCUGGCGAGACCUCUGGAAAUCAACCAUCCGCCAACUCCGGUUCGAAACCCCACCCCGCCACCUCGCCACCCUGAGAAACAAACUCCGAUUCAUCCAAUUCGUCGAGACCCUGCUGGCGGCUCGCGAGGCUGGCUCCGAGCUCACCCUCAUCUCCAUCACCGCCAACGACGCCCUCGAUCCAAAAUACGCAGACGUCUUCGAUCGGAUCUGCGCCUACGGAUCGGCCCACGGGGUCCGCACCUUCCAGCUCUCUCUCCGAGCCCCGACCCGGGAGAUCGUCGGAUCCUUUCCGCCCGAUUUCGUCCGCCUCUGCAUGUCCCUCCACAAUCUCGACCUCUCCCUCGUCAGCUUCGACCUCGACGACCUCCGCCGCCGUGCCUCCCACUUCCCGUGCCUCGCCGCCCUCCGCCUCUUCCGCUGCGAGCUUUAUGCCCCGCCAGCUCUGGACUAUGAACCGUUCGCCAGCCUGCCCAAUUUGAAGAAGGUGGAGUUGAUCGACAGCGUUUUCUCGACAAAGAACGCAGUGACGGUGUCGGGGGAACAGCUGGAGGAGAUCACGAUCGUAUUCUCCGACGAGCCACAUCUGCUGGUCACAAGUAUCUGCGCGCCCAAGGCCACGAAGUUGACGCUGGCAGGAGUGAGCCUGAGCCGGUUCGCGAGCGUGAAGCUGCCGUCGUUGGAAUGUUUGGACAUCGACGUGUGGGUGAGGCGGCCGUGGGAUACGACGGUGUUUGCCCGGCUGAGGCGAGCGCUGUAUGUCCCCUGGGAGGAGCGGGUGGAUGCGGACGUCAGGUUUCUGAAUACGUUUCACAAGUUCGGGAGGGCCAUGUUUGUCAAGCUGCAUCCUAGUACCAUUGAGCGGCUCGUCACCAUGGUUCCUGGUCUACUAGAAGGAGCAGAAGGUUCUCCAUUCAAAAGAAUGAGGUCUCUGGAGCUCUGUGGUCCUGAACCCGGCAACAGAGAGUUCAUCUCUUUGGUUAAUUACUUCUUUAUGCAUCAGUGCCUUAGAGGAGCUCAUCUCUCCAAACGUACUUAUGUUUCACAAGAAGGCGGCGAUACCUCUCGUGUGGUCAUUGUCCUCCGGGAAGAUGGGAACGAUGACUAAUGUCAUAUUCAUAAAAACAAAAUAAAAGGGUGAGCCAUAUGCUGAUUGCUUGCUAAAGCUAAGAGCUAAUUUAUUAGUGGAUCAGUACUGCUUUGGAAAACUUUUACCAAGAUUCUCACCACCUAGACAACAAUGGAGUUGGACCUUAGAACAUUGUUUAAUUAUCUUGGGCUAUUUUAUGUUCUGUUGUAAACUUAAUGGAUGUUUAUGGAUUUUGUUAGUUGAUUUUUAUCAUGCAUGUAUGUCCUUUUAAUUAAUUUGCAAGAUAUGU